UAUUAUUUUAAUUCCUACUGUUUAAAUGACCUAAACUAAGAAAGUAACUAAAACAGUGUUCAAUUUCAUCACUCUUCAGAAGAGCGAUGGAUCGAAUCCAGCACAAGUUCGUGAAGGUUGGUGAUGCUCUCAAUCUCCACGUCGCAGAAAUCGGAAGUGGUGAAAACGCCGUCGUAUUCUUGCACGGUUUCCCUGAGAUAUGGUACUCGUGGCGGCACCAGAUGAUAGCCCUUGCCGAUGCUGGAUUCAGAGCCAUCGCCUUCGAUUACAGAGGCUACGGUCUCUCCGAUCCUCCACCUCAACCCGAUAAGGCCACCUGGUCCGAUAUUCUCAACGACCUCCUUCAUAUCCUUCAAGCUCUUCAUCUUCCAAAGGUGUUUCUUGUCGGGAAAGAUUUUGGAUGUCGUCCUGCAUAUCUAUUUUCCAUUCUACACCCUGAAAUGGUCCUUGGCGUUGUCACGUUGGGAGUUCCAUAUGUUCCGCCCGGCCCCUCUGCGUUUCACAAAUUCCUUCCUGAAGGCUUCUAUAUUUUGAGAUGGCAGGAACCUGGAAGGGCAGAAGCUGAUUUUGGACGCUUUGAUGCAAAGACUGUCGUGCGAAAUGUUUACAUCCUUUUCUCAAGAAGUGAAAUACCAAUAGCUGAUGAAAACCAAGAGAUCAUGGAUUUGGUGGAACCUGAUACUCCUCUUCCCGCUUGGUUCACGGAGGAAGAUCUUGAAACAUAUGGAGCCUUGUAUGAGAAAUCUGGAUUCCAAACUGCAUUGCAGAUUCCAUAUAGGUCAUUAGGUAAGAUGUUUAACUUACCAGAUCCUGUGGUUAAAGUUCCAGCACUUCUGAUAGUGGGUGGCAAGGAUUAUGUUCUGAAGUUUCCAGGGAUAGAGGAUUUAACAAAGGGUGAAAAAGCAAAAGAGCACGUUCCCAAUUUGGAGGUUACAUUUAUCCCCGAGGGAACUCAUUUCGUUCAAGAACAGUUUCCCGCACAGGUGAAUAAAUUUAUCCUUGACUUCUUUGGCAAACACACCUGAUAGUAGACUUAAGCGUGGAAAUAGCCACAAGGAAUGGUCAAUGUUAUGUGAAGUAUGGGAUGAUGCAAACAAUUAAUAAAAAUGUUAUUUUUGAUUGCCCAUACCAUAAAAA